AUGGAGCUGCCAGUGCGGGAGUUCAGCGAGACUUUACCGUCGGUCAAACCAAAGAAGCCCCUGGAGCUGUAUGAGUUUGAGGCAUGCCCUUUCUGUCGCAAGGUCCGCGAAGUCAUCAGCAUGCUGGAUCUCGAUGUCAUGAUCUACCCCUGCCCACGUGAUGGAGACAGGUUUCGGCCCCAGGUCGUCGAGAUGGGAGGAAAAGCUCAGUUCCCGUACCUGGUGGAUCCAAACACAGAUUUCAAGUCUUACGAGAGCGACAAGAUCAUCAAGUACCUUGUACAGACAUACGGAGACGGCAUUAUCCCCUUGCCCCUGUCCCUGGGCCCCCUCACUACCGCCUCUGCGUCGAUCCCUUCGCUCUUGCGCAACGGCAGAGGGAGGCAAGCGGAGAAGAGCCUAGCUCCCCAGCCAGAGCUUCCCCUGCGCUUGUGGUCCUUUGAGUCAAGUCCAUACUGCCGCAUUGUGCGAGAGAGACUUUGCGAGCUGCAGAUCCCCUACCAGUUGUUCACCGUGGCGAGAGGCUCGCGCAAGCGGGAGGAGCUGAAGGAGAUCGCAGGGAAGGUGCAGGUGCCGUAUCUUGUGGACCCCAACACGGGCAAGUCCAUGUUUGAAAGCUCAUCCAUCCUCGACUAUUUGAAUGACACGUAUGGCAAAGGCUACAGCCCCAAGGUGGAGGACAAGGUGGAGGAAGUUUCGCCAAGGGCAGUUGAGUUCAAUGUGGUGCCUGAGGAUCCCGAACCUGUCAAGGUCGAUGCUGAGGUCCUUGAAGAUUCGGAGGAUAUCUGA